UUUUGCCCCCAUCUUCUCGUUCGUCCAGUAUUCUGAAUGCAAGCUAACGUUGUGGGUCUAAUAAACUCUCGAAUUCCAAAAUAUAAGCGUGGUCCAAAGUAAUCUCUGGUGAUCUGUUAAAACCCGCCAAAAUCGUGAUGACUGCCGAGGAGGAAGUGAUGAGGAUCCAGAAGAAGCUGACGAAGAUGUCAAACGGGGACGGGACGGGACAGGAGCAGGCACUCGAGCUACUCAAGAUCCUCCAGAAAUUACCAGUCGAUCUCGACCUCCUCACCAAAACCAGGAUAGGAAUGACUGUCAAUGCACUACGUAAAUCCAGUCACGACGAGGAAGUCAUAUCCCUGUCGAAGACGUUGAUUAAGAAUUGGAAGAAAUUUUUAAAUGCUUCAAACAAGGAUGGAAAGGAUUCUGGAUCGACGAGCAGCUCCAAGAAGAAGGAGGAGCGUUCGGAUAAGGGUAAGGAUGACGACAGGAAGAGGGAUUCGGAUAGUGGGGAUGUUAAAAUCAAGGAGGAGAAGACGAGGAAAGACGAUAAGAAGCAGACGUCUUUUCCCCCUGCCACCACCACUGAUGCUGUCAGACUAAAAUGCCGGGAACUCUUGGCAGCUGCUCUCAGAGUUGAUGGCAAGACCAUCGAGGGUUGUGCAUCACCCGAGGAACUCGCUGAAGAGCUGGAGGAGGCCAUCUACUGCGAGUUCAAAAAUACUGAUAACAGAUACAAGAAUAGGGUUCGCAGUCGUGUGGCAAAUCUUCGAGAUGCCAAGAAUCCCACCCUGAGGACGAAUUUUCUGGUGGGUGCUAUUCCAGCAAAACGUCUGGCUGUUAUGAGCGCCGAGGAGAUGGCGAGUGACGAGAUUAAACAACUUCGAGAUAAAUUCAAGAAAGAAGCAAUCAAUGACGCUCAACUUGCCACUGUCCAGGGCACCAAGACCGAUCUACUAAAGUGUGGAAAAUGCAAACAACGCAAUUGCACGUACAAUCAAGUCCAGACGAGAUCUGCCGACGAGCCCAUGACUACAUUUGUGCUGUGUAAUCACUGUGGAAAUCGGUGGAAAUUCUGUUAGAAUCUUCCAGAACAUUUUGUGGUGUUCUAUUUCUGAUGUCGAGGAGUCCUCUGGUUUAAUCCUGGAGUUGCUCAUUAAUUUGUAUUUUUUUUUCUGAUCAAGAAUUAUCGAAAUUGAAGGAUAAUUACGACUGUGAGUGCUCCAUGAUUGAAUGGAUUUAAUUAAAGGAGUUAACUACUA